ACUAUUUGUUCACUUGUGCUUUAUUUCCUUCUAAUCAAAUUUUUUCUAUAACCUUAUACACAUAACAAAAACCGAUCAAGAAAACAGAAAAUGAAGAAAGAGAAUCAAACAGUGAUCAUUGUUGGAGCAGGCCCUUCUGGUCUCUCUGUAGCAGCAUCCUUAACAAACCAAUCCAUUCCUUACAUAAUCCUCGAAAGAGAAAACUGUUUUGCGUCUCUAUGGAAAAAAUAUGCAUACGACCGUCUUCAUCUUCACCUCAAAAAGCAAUUUUGUGAGCUUCCACAUAAGCCAUUUCCACCUUCCUUUCCAUCAUACAUUCCUAAGGAAAAGUUUUUGCAGUAUUUAGAAGACUAUGUAUCUCACUUCAAGAUCAAUCCUGUGUAUCAUAGGACAGUGGAGUAUGCGGAGUUUGAUGAAGGCUGUGAGAAAUGGAAGGUGAAGGCUGUGAAUAAGGAUUCCGGUGAAGUUGAGGAAUACGAUGGAAGGUUUUUGGUUGUGGCUAGUGGUGAAACCAGUGACCCUUUUGUACCUGAGAUUGAAGGGUUGAAGAGUUUUGGUGGGAAGGUGAUUCAUUCAACCAGGUUUAAGAAUGGGAAAGAGUUUAAAGAUGAGCAUGUUCUUGUUGUUGGGUCUGGGAAUUCUGGUAUGGAAAUUGCAUUGGAUCUUAUCAACCAUGGUGCUAAAACUUCAAUCCUCGUUCGAAGCCCGGUUCAUAUAUUGUCAAAAGGAAUGCUGAAUUUAGGGUUAUUUAUGAUGAAGUAUUUGUCAAUGAAGAUAGUGGAUUCAUUAAUGGUGAUGCUUAGUAAACUGGUUUAUGGUGAUAUGACUAAUUAUGGAGUUGGUAGGCCUAAUGAGGGACCUUUUUACAUGAAAGUUAAGUACGGCAAGUAUCCAGUUGUUAAUGUUGGAACCUAUCAGAAAAUUAAAUCUAAAGAGUUAAAGGUGUUGCCAACGGAGAUAGAAUGCUUAAGUGGCAAUAAUGUGUUGUUCAAGAAUGGUGAAUUGCAUACUUUUGACUCUAUUAUUUUCUGCACUGGUUUCAAGAGAUCCACACAUAAGUGGCUUAAGGGAGAUGAUUAUCUUUUGAGUGAUGAUGGUAUUCCGAAGCAAAGUUACCCUUUUCAUUGGAAGGGAAAGAAUGGUUUGUAUUGUGUUGGAUUAUCAAGGAGGGGCUUAUAUGGAGCUGCUCAAGAUGCUGAAAAUGUAGCAAAUGAUGUUAGAUCCAUCAUGCAAGAAAUUGUAUGAUCAUAUAUGGCAUUAUUGUCAUGAUUCUUGAUUAGCUUCCAAUUGGUGUUAGAGAUGGAAUUUAGAGGAUUUAGACAUUUGGUAUAAUAAGUUGUGGGUUUGAAUUCACAAUUCUCUAGUAAUAGUAGUAUCUACUAUAUUGGCAUUAUGAUAUUUAUUUGUACUUCGUCUUAUUUGAAAAUGUUUAAUAUCACAGAGGAACAUAGAUUGUUCCAUUUUGUUUAA